CCAGUUCUCCCUGAAGGUUCUUUCAUCACUGAACGCGCGCGUGCUGGAGCUGCCGUACAAAGGACAUCGCUACAGCUUCUUCAUCAUCCUCCCCAUGGCCAAGGAUGGCCUCACCCACCUGGAGGGUCUGCUCAACGGUCAGAACUUGGAGGACUCGUUGUCUGUCAUGCCACGGGCGAGCCAUGUCGAAAUUCUUUUGCCUAAGUUUACUCUGCACAUGCGUAGUGGGCUGAAAUCCCACUUGCAAGCCCUGGGGCUCAAGUCCAUGUUUGACUCAUCGGCUAAUUUCACUGGCAUGGCGCGUGCCACUGGGGGCAGACAUCUUGUGGUCAGCGAUGCGCAGCACGAGGCUGUGAUAGAAGUCACAGAAACAGGUACCAAGGCAGCAGCUGUGACAUCAAUACAAAUAGUUGCAGAGUCAGAACCGACUAUGUUCAAAGUCGACCAUCCGUGUCUGUUUAUUCUCCGAGACAAAACUGAUGGAGUAAACCUGUUUAUGGGGCGGCUGACAGACCCGUCACAAAGCCACUAGAUGUGUGAAACAAUCAACAACAACAACUAACAGAUGAUGAAACUUGGAAACAAUGACUUUGAUAUUUCAUCAUGUUUUUCUUCCACUGCUCGUUGAAAAUAUGUGUGCGCGUGCAAUACGAUGAAUGUUGGCAUAAAACACAAAUUUUCGAAAAAAAAACCAAAGUUAUCCGAAGGCAUGUUAUGGGAUACAGGUAACUGUCCAACUAAUAUUCAGAUUACAAUGAAAUUGCAGUUAAUACAACAAAUUAAAGUGGAGCACAACAUCGACCCCACAGACUGUAAACACAGUUUAUCUCCCAGAGAGAGAUAAAGGAGAGAAGCUGUACAUAAGAGAACGUACAUAAAAAUUAUGACAUUGAAUGCAGAAAAGAAAUAAAAGGAAUAUUUAUGUCGAGACAGCUGGUUUGCUCCCAUGGUCACAGAGACAAUCCUAAUAGUCACAACGUGACCAGGGAAGAAAACAAAUAAGGGAGAUAAAAUCCGAAAAAAAUAAAAUUAAGUAAAAUUAUGUUUCACUAUAGUUUGUACAAUAUAGUUUGAGUAAACAUCCUGGGUGUCAGUGACAUUAAUGUCCAGCCUGUAUCGGAGGUGAAAAUUCCACCCGACAGGAAUGUGAGGCUGCCAGAGAAGAAAGUUCCUCUCUUGUAUGAGCGACAUCAGAGUCACGUCCCUUGCUUUGUAACUCAGAAAGUGUAAACAUUAGACUUCAAUGAAGCAGACAUUUCAACACGAACAUCUCAUAAAAAACUUAUCAGGCCGAGCUGCAUAUCUCCCAGGGUUAAAAAGUUUGUCUAGAAUUAAAUCUUAUCAGUGACAUCAGUCAGUCAGGUGGGUUCUGCUCCAUCGUCUCCCUUGUCGAAUACAAGAACUUGGAAACUGCUUCCGUUCGGCAAAUUUGUGGAGCAAAUCGCCAUGAUGGACAUAAGAGUGUUUGUUGUGGUUGGAUUAUUCAUCUGCCAUCAACAGGCUGUAGGGGAGACCAGCCUCCGUCAUCGCCGUGCAACCGUUCUCUCGUUGUCCACGUCGUCCUUUGGAACCUCUCUGUACAAGCGUUUGGCAUCUGGUAGCCAUGACAACAUUAUCUUCUCCCCCUUCAGUGUAUACACGGCCUUGACAAUGACCCUUUUGGGCGCAGGUGGCGACACUGAGCGGCAGCUUAAGACGGCGUUGGGAGUGCAGGAAGGACAGAACAUCCACGCUGGAAUUCAUAACCUUCUGACCUCCAUCACAGGUCACGACGCCGCUUCAAAUGUGACACUGCGCGUGGCUGACGCCGUGUAUUACGACGCACAGCAAGUUCACGUCACAGACAGCUUUGCUUCCAACAUGAGUCAGUACUACGGGGAGGGACUGAAGCCCUUCCAGAGACCAAACCCAGAGCAGGCCAUCAACACGUGGGUGGAGGAGGUGACAGAGGGCGCCAUCACCAACUUCCUGCAGCCUGGCGCCAUCACAGCUGAUACCGUACUCAUGCUCCUCAACGCCGUAUUUUUUGAGGCCUCGUGGCAAACAAUGUUUGAGCCUACGUCCAGCCGCCAUAUUGGCUUCACCACGCUCUCAGGUGCGAUUAAGCAGGUGUCCACGAUGUACAAGGAAGGCAGGUUCUCUGUGAAGAACGUCCCGGAGCUGGACGCGCGCGUGCUGGAACUGCCCUACAGGGGAGGACACUACAGCUUCUUCAUCCUCCUUCCCAUGACCAAGAAUGGUCUCCCCCGCCUGGAGGGCUUGCUGAACGGUCAAAGUGUAGAAAACGUUGUAAGGGUCAUGCCCUCUCCUACGGAUCUUGCUGUUUUCUUGCCCAAGUUCACAAUGCGCGUGCGUAAGGGGUUAAAGGAACCCCUACAAGCCCUGGGGCUCAAGAACAUGUUCGACACGACGGCCAACUUCACUGCCAUGGCGCGUGCCACAGGGGGGAGGAAUAUUCUGGUCAGCGAUGUACAGCACGAGGCCAUGAUAGAGGUCACAGAGAGCGGUACCAAGGCAGCAGCCGUGACAUCAGUGGGUUUCCAGGCGGAAUCAGUCCCACAGACAUUCCGGGUGGACCACCCGUUUAUCUUCAUACUCCGGGACAAAGUUGAUGGCCUUAACCUGUUCAUGGGGCGUCUUGCUGAUCCAACACAAGGUGGACAGUAGGUGAAGCAGCCACCGAGAUAUCGUGACAGGUAAUUUACCUGUGAACAGUGCAGGUGCUUUUGAGCUGGUGUGAACAGUGUCAGCUGGGAGCUGUGGAAUAUUACUACUACUGUUAUGAUUCAAUCGGAGGUCAUUGUGUGAUGGUCAGGUUAGUGAGUCACCAAUAACUUUAUCUGUUAUUUAGCCGUACAACCCUUUCUAGUCCUCUACACACCUUCAUGUCUUUCGAAAAAAUUCUGUAUGUGUAAAUGCACGUAUGUGUGCAUGAAUGCAUGGACCGAGAGAUAAAUGUAAUAUAAUUAAAAAAGAAACAGAUACACCUUGUCUUAUCUUAUUAUUUAUAGGUAAUGUAAAUCAUUUUAAAUGAGAGAGAGAGAGAAAAUGACUCAUGAUUCAUCCCAAGACUCGCACCUGAGAUAGUCUACUGACAAGGUGGGACGAAAGGUAAGGCCCGGAAUGAAGCACGUACCUGAAACACACAGGCAUAUUCAAGGUACACUCAUUUAAAACACAUUUGA